AUGGCGGGGCCGCCCCGCCUGGCCCUGGCCGAGGUCCGGGCGGCGGAGGAACGGCUCCGGGGCCGGCUGCACCGCACGCCGCUGCUCACCAGCGGGAGCCUGGACCGCCUGGCCGGACGACGGCUGCUCUUCAAGUGCGAGCUCUUCCAGAGGACCGGCUCCUUCAAGAUCCGGGGUGCCCUGAACGCAGUCAGGAACCUCGUUGAGGAGAGCAAACGCGCUGGAGGGGGGCUGCCUCGGGCCGUCGUGACGCACAGCAGUGGGAAUCACGGGCAGGCGCUCGCCUGUGCUGCCCAGGCAGAAGGGAUUCCCGCCUAUAUCGUGGUGCCCCGGACAGCCCCACACUGUAAGCAAGCUGCCAUCCUCACCUAUGGUGCAACACUGGUGCCAUGCGAGCCCAAUGACAAGUCCAGAGCAGAGACAGCGUCUCGCGUAGUCCAGGAGACAGGAGGAGUCAUGGUGCACCCCAACCAGGAGCCGGUGGUGAUUGCAGGGCAAGGCACAAUCGCCCUGGAGGUACUGGAGCAGGCACCCGAGGUAAAUGCAAUAGUGGCUCCCGUUGGAGGUGGAGGAAUGAUUGCAGGAAUAGCAGUUGCCAUCAAGGCUUUGAGACCAGAUGUGAAAGUGUUUGCUGCUGAGCCACGCAACGCAGAUGACUGUUACCAGUCCAAGGUAAGAGGGGAACUGACCCCCAACCUUCACCCGCCGGAUACCAUCGCAGAUGCAGUUAAAACCAGCAUUGGACCAAACACAUGGCCCAUCAUCAGGGAUUUGGUUGAUGAUGUCCUGACAGUCUCAGAGGAAGAAAUCAAGCGAGCCACGCGGCUGGUGUGGGAAAGGAUGAAGCUGCUGAUUGAGCCAACAGCAGGCGUGGGAGUGGCAGCCGUGCUCUCGGAGCAGUUCCAGGCAGUCCCCCGGGAUGUGGAGAACGUUUGCAUCGUGCUGUGCGGGGGAAACGUGGACCUGAGCUCCCUGACCUGGCUCACAGACCUCCCUGGGAAAGUGGAAUGAGAACGGAGUGGUGUCUCAAGUGACAGAAACCUCACUCUGAAUUUGUACAGUCUGGUUUGUGCGCUACUAAAAAACAGAUAAA